AUGUCGGUGUGUAAAAAGCUCAUACUGGCUCUCCGUAUGGGUGUGGCAGCUAAGGUCCUCGAGGAACAAAUCAGGGCUACCAUAAGGUCCGAGUAUGUUACGAGGAAGAGGGAGUACGAAAACGCCGCGGCAGCCAAGCUGGCCCUUAAAUUGGCUGGUAGCUUCGAGCCUUUUCCUCCCUUCCCAGAGGAAUAUGUCGCUAAAUCACCGGCACUGUUACAGGCUUUCUUGGUGGACUAUGACCGAAAUCGCGACGAUUUGAGGAGAGAGCAGGCAGCUCUAGUCUCUACAACAGCCAUCGCCAUCGACAACCAGAGGAAAGUCGUGAAACGCACAAAGAUAGACGUAACUAAGGGAGAGGCAGGUACACAAUCACUGACUGCUGUGGGAGACGGAGGUUUGAUACUUGGCUAUUAUGUCGUCCCUGACGUUGGCAGGAUAUGGAUGAAGUCAGCAAUGGAAGAGCUCGUCCAACGGCACGGACCUAAUGUACCAAAACUAUUAUAUGUCGAUACGGGAUGUUGUAAUGGCAACUCCAAGUCGCUCUUCCAGGACUCUGAGGAGGAUACAAGACGAUUGGAGGAGGUGAGGGCGAAAGCUAACCUUAAUCUCACUGACGAGCAGAAGAGGAUAGACCGCUCCAAAUAUGUGAGAAGGUCCAUCGGCGAUCCGAAGACUACUUGUGCCAAGUUGCUCCUAGUGGUGAAGGCUCACAUAGCCCUUGAUAAGGUCGCUGCGGAGCAGUGUAGGGCCGUCGGUAUGAAGACAGAGGCUGUAACCGUGGCAUCACCUUCGUACCCACUCAUCACCCACGCAGUCAAAAAUGCUGUGAUGAACCAGUGUGUACAUAUCCUCAAUGGCUGUGUAGCUGAUGAAGGCAUCGCUUACGUUCAAGUCGGCGAAGCGGACUACCGCAAUACUGGUGUAGUACUACCAGUGUACAAGUCCCUAAGAGGGACGUCGAAGGUAGAAUCACUGCAUUCUACCCUCGACAGGGCCUUCUACUCCAUGCGGAACUUCCGAACUAAGGUGUUUGAUGCUAGAGCCUCGUGGCAUAUCGCCAACUAUAAUAGAAGGCGAUUGGUGGCCUUGGGGAAAAACGCCAUACCGUGCGGGGUUGCUCCUAGCGAAGACGACGACGCCGUCUUGGCACCACCUGAGGCAGCGACGAAGUUGCUGUUGGGAUUCGAGUAUGCCAGAGCUACAAUGGGCGACGUCAUAGCAUUGGAGCUUGAAGGAGAACCUACUCCAGAUGAUGAUGUGGUACCUGUGGAAGGAGAUAUGGUAAACUAUGCUGAUGACUUGAGCGACGUCGAGGAGCCCAUAUGUGACACAGACAACCCCAUUUUAAUAGGAAUGGAUUUGUCACAAGGU